AUGGAUGAUAUGAAAACAAUGAGUCCGGUAAUUCUAGAUGGAUAUAGAACGGACAUACGGGUGCUGAAUGGAGCUCCUGUGACGAAAAAGCAGAGAAAUCAGAGGAAGCUGCUCGAAUCAUUCAAAGUGGAGAAACGGACUGAGGAGGUCGUCAAAGGGACGUUUUCUGGUCUGUUUCCUCCAGCCGGUUCAUCAGAUUCCAUUGUUGCCUUGCUGCACGAUCCUGCUCACCCAAAUUACCGUGUUGCCAACAUUUGCCUUCAGUGCUUAUUCGGCAAGGCGUUAUUUCAUCUCAUAAAUGGCUAUGCUAUCGCGAGAACAAUUGGACGAGUUCAUUAUUUACCGUACGAGAAGGAGAGUCGAAAAGUGGUAGUGAAGUAUCUGGAAAUAUUCAAGCGUGUGUUUCCCGCACUCGAAAGUACAUACUUCUUGGACCAGUUAUUUCAUCUCAUAAAUGGCUAUGCUAUCGCGAGAACAAUUGGACGAGUUCAUUAUUUACCGUACGAGAAGGAGAGUCGAAAAGUGGUAGUGAAGUAUCUGGAAAUAUUCAAGCGUGUGUUUCCCGCACUCGAAAGUACAUACUUCUUGGACCAGGAUAGAAUAAAUGGAACACUGGUCAAAUUCGCGAAACAACUCUUGUUGUGUGUACGACAAUCCCAGACGUUCAGGCUUAUGAGCUAUACGGACAAAUACCUACUUCUGGACUUUUCCUGGGCACAAAAUCCACGCUAUUUCGAAGAUAUUCUAGAGGAAAUUCGCGACAUUCUCGAAUUUUCACCCACCGUUGUCAGCGAGGGAAACCACUUGCUGGAUAAUCUCAAGGUAAAUGGUACACGGUCCGCGAACGAUUCUUCGUUCUGGAACCAUCCUUAUCAAAAUGCUCUAUGCAUUCAUAUUCGACGAACCGAUUUCCUGGAGCGGAACAUCUCCACCAACAUGAUGGAAACGGUAUAUGCAGCCAACGAUAUCGCUCAAGGAAAAGGUCUCGAACGAUUUGUGAUAUUCGGUGACGAUAAGGAAUUCAUGCAAAAUCUGUCGCACGUGAUCAUCGAGAAAGGAAACUGGAGGCCAGACGCUGCGUUCGUCUCCGAGUUCAGCGAAGCGAUCGAUUUCUACGUUGCGUCUCAAGUUUGUCGUUCAUUUCUGAUCACCGCCGUGACGUCGUCGUUCGGGUGGUGGCUGGCGUUUUUCGUCGCCGAUCAGAACUCCAUCUAUUACCUGCCAGACGAGCGAAUUCACGGUGACAAAGUGCCGAGCAAGGAGUUGUUUUUGUGGGUUUUCAGGCGCGGGUCGCCGUAA